CAUAAAGGAAGUCACCUUCUACCAACCACAUCUUGAAGGAGCGUGGUUGUGUGAAGCCAAGUAAAAUUUAUUGAAUUGGCCGUAAAAGUACUAAAUACAAUAUGGGAACAUUUAAAAAAGAGAAAAGCAGAUUGGGCCGUGAAGGCUCCGAAAAGAAGCCCGGUAACUUGCGUGUUAAAGGCGAAAACUUUUAUCGUAAUGCUAAAGAUGUUGCUAAGGUGAACAUGUUCCGUGGCGGUAAAGCCAAGUACAAUGCACAAGGUGAACUUGUACGUGCUGCUGACUUCCAAUCCAAAGAAGUUCCAAAGGCGCGUGUUCAACCAGAUCGUCGUUGGUUCAACAACACUCGAGUCAUCGCACAACCUACGCUUACUCAAUUUCGUGAAGCAAUGGGACAAAAGGCAAACGACCCUUAUCAAGUUUUGUUGAGAAGGAACAAAUUGCCAAUGUCACUUUUAGAGGAAAAUUCUCACAUCCCUAAAGUUCGCGUUCUGGAGUCCGAACCAUUUGAUAGUACAUUUGGUCCCAGAGCUCAAAGGAAGCGCCCAAAGCUUGCCGUUGAUUCUCUUUCCGAUUUAGCAAACGCUUCGAAUGAAAGACAAAAUGCGUAUGAAGAAAAAGAAGAAGAGCGCAUUUUAUCGAACCCCGAACCUGAUAGUGAUGUUACGACGGCUGCGAGGGAUGCUAUUUUCAACAAGGGUCAGUCGAAACGUAUCUGGAACGAGCUUUACAAAGUCAUCGAUUCAAGUGAUGUUUUGUUGCAAGUUUUGGAUGCUCGUGAUCCUAUGGGUACACGGUGCCGAUCGGUUGAGCGGUAUUUGAAGAAGGAGGCCCCCCAUAAGCAUAUGGUUUUGGUCUUGAACAAGAUUGAUCUAGUUCCAACAUCUGUUGCGGCUGCUUGGACUAAGAUUUUAGCAAAAGAAUAUCCUACGAUUGCAUUCCAUGCUUCUAUUAAUAACUCUUUCGGUAAAGGAUCUCUUAUUCAAAUUUUACGGCAAUACGCUUCUUUGCAUUCUGACAAGAAGCAAGUUUCUGUGGGAUUGGUUGGAUACCCCAACGCAGGAAAAUCAAGUAUUAUUAAUACCCUUCGCAAGAAGAAGGUUUGCAAUGUUGCACCUAUUCCUGGUGAAACUAAGGUUUGGCAAUAUGUAACCCUCAUGAAGCGUAUUUUCCUGAUUGACUGCCCUGGUAUUGUACCUCCUAGUUCUACUGAUUCGGAUGCGGACUUGUUACUAAAGGGUGUUGUUCGAGUGGAGAAUGUUAGUAAUCCAGAAGCUUAUAUUCCGACCGUCCUAACCCGUUGCAAGAACAAGCACUUGGAGCGUACUUAUGAAAUUUCUGGAUGGAAUGAUUCAACGGAAUUUCUUUGUAUGCUCGCAAAGAAAAGUGGUCGUUUAUUGAAGGGUGGUGAGGCAGAUGAAGCAUCCAUUGCAAAGAUGGUAUUGAAUGACUUCAUGCGAGGCAAAAUUCCUUGGUUUGUCGGACCUAAAGGUUUGUCCUCCUCUGAGGAGGAUACAAACAAGAAGGGAAAUACUUUGACUGAAGAAACAAAUGAAGAGGAAGUGGAAGAAGGAUCACAAGAACAGACAAAUGACGAUGGGGAGGAAGAAGAAUGGAAUGGAAUAGAAGAGUCAAAGGAUGCUCCGCCAGCCGGAGAAAAGACAGUUGCUGAAUCUGCUAGUGAUGAGUAGGUUGGUUACUCUUAUGUUUGACACGAAUAAUCAUACUGGUUUGGGAACAAUGGCAAAUUAAUUUAAUCUUUUGGUUUUCAUGGUUUACUGUACAUUAAUAAUAUUUUUGAGUUGAGUUUAUAGGUGCUUAACACAGUAUCUACUUUCAUGUUAUAAGAAUGAUGUGUCAGCUAGAAUGGUUAUGGGUAAAUAGAUUGAUUGCUGCAAUUU